CUCUCCUCGGCUCUUACGUUUGUUGAACGACGUCCACGUGGACGUGACCUUUGAACCGCUUUCACACGCGCAUAUGCGUAGUCCACCCGGUCACGUGAUCCAGCGUAUUGCCGUCCGUGCCAUGUGGCCCUGCGCGUGCGCAAUACAAUGACUUCCUGGCAAUUUUUCGUCAAAGCUCCUGAUCCUGACCAUCUUUGCAACAGUAGGUUAUUUGGACUUUCAUGGCUGGGUGCACUAUACUUCCGGGCGAUUAUUCGAUUUAAUCUCAAAGCUCCUGAUCCUGACCAUCUUUGCAACAGUCCUUUAAUACCAGUUUGUUCCGCGACUAUGCUCUUGACCGAGGACCAUGUCUGACAGGAGAUGUGUGGCUAGGAAGUUCGGUGUCAAGGCUCCCAGAAUCCACACCACACAACUGGACGGAGUCCCAGCUCCAGCACAACUGAACCCUUCAGCAACACCCCAGUGUACACGCUAUACGAGAGAAACAGUGGUUUCUUAACAAGCUUCAUGAUCGUCUUUUAGUUGCCCA